UGACCGUAGCGGCUGAGGACACACCCCUGCGAAAGCGUCGCGCUCCCCUCCCGGGGACAUAAACACAGCGAGAGAGAGAAAGUGCGAGAUCUCAUCGUCAGCGCACCAGCUGAGCAGCACGCAGGUACUCUCCCACAGACCAGACCAACUCAAGCAUCCAUCAUGUCUUAUGCUUAUCCCAAGUCAUUCGUUCCCAAAACUGAUGUGAAGACUGGCAGCCCAAGCAAGGCCAUCGAGGACAGCAAGAAGAAAACCAACCUGCUGAAGGACAACAGCUGGAUCAAGAAGAAGGUGGAGGAAGACGAGCCAGUGGACGAUGACCCCAACUUCGGCAGAGUAGUUCUGAGCCGCCUGAAAUCAAACGAAUAUCCUGACGAAAAGUCUUCAGAUAAUGACACCUCCAACACUGGCAGCUCAGGAACCCCUAAAAGCUCAAGCACCUCUGUGCAGUCUAUCACCAAAAAAUUCAGUGGAACUCAAGAGGUCAAGAGCUCAGCUCCUCCUAGUUACGACAAGGCAAUCGCCAGCAAGAGCGUGAACACUAAAGUCUCCGCUGAUGGCAAAACCACGGAAACCACGGAGACCACCAUCACUACCAGCAGGACUGCUGCCACCAAACAGACCUUCUCCGAACGGGUCUUCUCAGACGUGAAGUCACCCAGCAAACCAAAACCCAGCGUCCUUCCGCCCAAACCGCCAAAGCCAAGCGCUGACACCGAUGCGGCAAGCAGAAAGGGGACUUUGAGUGUUUCCAGCCCUAAGGCAUCCGAAUCGACAACGGUGACGACCUUCACGGAGACCGUCAAAAACGACAGGACAUACUCUUCAUCAUCUCCAACUUCCUCCACCACCACCACCACCAGGACCAGGAGUGCCUCCAGCCCUAAACCAUCUGAAACAACCACUAUGCCCAUCUUCACCGAGCCUGCUAAAGAUAAGCCUUUGGAUGCCCUUGCUGAGGAUCUUAUUUCACUGCCAUCCAGCAGUGCGUACUCAUCCCAAGACAGGGAUUACAGCAGGACAUACUCUUCAUCAUCUCCGAAUUCCUCCACCACCACCACCACCAGGACCAGGAGUGUCUCCAGCCCUAGACCAUCUGAAACAACCACUGUGACAUCCUACACCGAUCCUGCGAAAGAUAAGCCAUUGGAUGUUCUUUCUGAUGAUCUCAUUUCAAAGCCAUCCAGCAGUGCGUACUCAUCCCAAGACAGGGAUUACAGCAGGACAUACUCUUCAUCAUCUCCAAAUUCCUCCACCAUCACCACCACCAGGACCAGCAGUGUCUCCAGCCCUAGACCAUCUGAAACAACCACUGUGACAUCCUACACCGAUCCUGCGAAAGAUAACAGUGCGUACUCAUCCCAAGACAGGGAUUACAGCAGGACAUACUCUUCAUCAUCUCCGAAUUCCUCCACCAUCACCACCACCAGGACCAGGAGUGUCUCCAGCCCUAGACCAACUGAAACAACCACUGUGACAUCCUACACAGAGACUGUGAAGGACAGGGAAUACAGGACAUAUUCUCCAUCUCCGGAUUCCAUCACCAGGAACAUCAGAACCUACAGCAGCAGUGAAUAUUCCCCAUCUGUGAGGACCAACUCCUACAGCACCUUAAACUCUGAGCCCAGCUACACAGAUGGGCUGUACAAAAGCAGAAGCUACACCAGCUUGCCCAGGGAGACCAGUUAUGAGUACUCCAGUUUGUCCAGCCCAUCAUCCUACACCAAAACAUCCUACCUGGAGAGCAGUCCUUCAGGGUCUUACUCUGACCUCGUCUCUAUGAAGUCAAACAGCAGCGUCUACGCCAGCCCUGACAGGGCUAUCACUGCGAAGGACAUAUGCACCUACUGCAAUAAACCCAUGAGCAUCGACCCCAAAAUGAUCCUGGAUGACCUGCAGAUACACUGCCAUGCCACCUGCUUCAAGUGUGAGGUCUGCAGCACCUCCCUGGGGCACCUGAAGGCGGGGGACACCAUGUGGAUCUACCGUCGCACCGUGCACUGCGAGAGGUGCUUCGAGACCACCAGAGAUAAGUGGCGUCGCUGAUCACUGAUGAGCAGACGACUCAUAAUGAAACUGAAGCUCACCCAAA